AAAAAGGAUAGACCAAACAAUAACUUGAGUCUUCUUUCACCAUAUUCUGAAAAGUUAACAAACAUGAUCGAUUCAGUGACAAACACAGUGGCAAUCUCAUGUGCUAUAGCAGCUCUACUAUGUGCAUGGCACUUGAUAAAUAUUUUGUGGGUGAGACCAAAGAAGCUGGAGAAGUACCUGAAGAAUCAAGGUUUCAAUGGAAACAAAUACAGAUUGGUUUUUGGGGAUAUGAAAGAGUUUUCUUCGAUGUUCCAAGAAUCCAAAUCUAAGCCUUUAAGCUUGGAUGACGAUGAUGGAGUUCUUCCACGAGUUGUGGCUUUCACCCAUCACUAUUUGCAAAAACAUGGUAAAAAUUACAUUAUGUGGUUGGGAUGGAAACCAAGAGUGACUAUUAUGGACCCUGAUGUCAUCAAAGAUGUAUUUGCAAAGUUAAAUGAUUUUCAAAAGCCGCAAUCUAAUCCAAUUGCUCAGUUAAUAGCAUCAGGAUUAGUGAACUACGAAGGAGAUCAAUGGGCUAAACAUAGGAAAAUAAUCAACCCAGCCUUCCAUAUGGAGAAGCUAAAGAAUAUGGUACCCGCUUUCCAUUUAAGUGGUAAUGAAAUGCUAGGGAAGUGGGAGAAUUUAGUUUCUUCAAAGGGGUCAUGUGAGCUCGAUAUAUGGCCUGAUCUUCAAUCUUUAACGGGUGAUGUGAUAUCAAGAACCGCAUUUGGAAGUAAUUAUGAAGAAGGUCUUCAUAUAUUUGAACUCAUAAGAGAACAAAGUGUACUCGUACAGGAGGCACUAACAUCACUUUACAUCCCCGGAUUUAGGUUUUUUCCAACAAAGAGGAACAUAAGGAUGAUGGCUAUUGACAGAAAAGUAAAACGUUCUAUAAGAGGUAUCAUUAACAACAGGCUUAAAGCAAUGGAGACUAGAGAAGGUAACAAUGACGAUUUGUUAGGAAUAAUGCUUGAAUCUAAUAGCAAAGAGGUUGAGGAGCACCAAAACAAGCAUCAUGGAAUGACUAUUGACGAAGUUAUUGAAGAGUGUAAGCUUUUCUAUUUUGCUGGACAAGAGACAACAGCAUGCUUGCUUGUAUGGACGAUGAUCUUAUUAAGUAAGCAUCAAGAAUGGCAGUCACGUGCGAGGGAAGAGGUUUUGAAUGUUCUUGGGAACAAAAAUAUCGAUGUAGAUGGGAUAAAUCACCUCAAAGUUGUAAAUAUGAUUUUCCAUGAAGUAUUGAGGCUAUAUCCUCCUAUUGUUGGGCUAGCCCGUAAAGUUGAAAAAGAUCUCACAUUGGGAGGAUUUUUACUACCAUCUGGAACUCAGAUUGGAAUACCAGUCAUGAAUAUUCACUAUGACGAGGAAUUUUGGGGUGGUGAUGCCAAGAAAUUCAAGCCCGAUAGGUUUUCUGAAGGAAUCUCAAAAGCAACAAAAAAUCAAGUCAUUUACUUUCCCUUUGGUUGGGGACCUCGAAUAUGUGUUGGACAAAAUUUUGCAUUGAUGGAAGCUAAAAUUGCCCUCGCAAUGAUCUUACAAAGGUUCUCUUUCGAACUUUCACCAUCCUAUGUCCAUGCUCCUCAUAUGGUUAUCACCCUUCAACCCCAACAUGGUGCUCAUUUGAUCCUGCAUAAACUCUAGCAUACAUAAUACAUUUGCUUCUUUUGGAUUAAGAAUUGUCAUUUCCUGUUCAAUAAUGUGUGCUUUUAUAUAUAUUACUAAAAUAGUUUUGUAUGAAAGAGAAAUGUGCAAUUUAUUUUGUA